UACUGGCAGCCUCAUCUACUUCCUUGUGCUCCCCCCCUCAAGCCAAGCAGUACAACAUCCUUUCAAGACGCGCGAAGCCAACUGAGCAGGCAAGUGUCAUGUCCAUUACGUACUUAUGCCGUCUGCUUACAUUCAUUUGCAUAAGAUCCAUGUAGAUAAUACAAACAAUUGCCAAACCUUGGUACAAAUGUCUCGUGAUCGUGCUAAUUGGGAUGACCGUAAGUUGUCCCUGAUGCUUGACCUAGUGGCUAAGCAGAAAGAACUUGCGGAAUAUGCACCAUGGUUUGAUGGAUGCAUAGGUGCUAUAGAUGGCACUCACAUACCGGUGGAAGUGAAUCAAGAAGCCAAAGCUGACUUCAUUAAUAGGGACGGAGAAGUUUCGAUUAAUGUUUGCGCCAUAGUGGACAUGCAUGGCCGAUUCACCUAUGUGGGAGCCGGGAAGGCGGGUGCAUGUCAUGAUAUGGCGGUUCUCCAAGAUUGUCAGGCGGAUCAAAGAUUCCCACAUCCACCACCAGGCCGGUACUACCUGGCGGACUCGGGUUAUAUCGAGCAGCAAGGGUAUAUGACUCCUUUUCGUGAUACUAGGUACCAUAGGCCACAUUUUAGGGGAGUUGAUGUUCGCACAUUAGAUCGUCACGAGAAAUUUAACUACAUUCACUCCAAGCUGCGCAAUAUCAUUGAACGGAGGUUUGGGCAUUUGAAAGAGCGGUGGCAUAUCCUAGAAGGGGUUCCAUUCUUCAGGAGGGAAAAGCAAGCAUGGAUUAUCAUAUCAUGCUUUGCAAUGGAGAAUUAUCUGUGGCUGCGUCAAUAUGGAGAUGAUUCAACUUACAAUCCGUCGGAGUGGGUGGCGAUGAAUACUACAACUGAUACCUCAGAACUGAGGGAGUUAGUUUCUGCUGCUGUGUGGCCGGCAUGAUUCAUAAUUUGUUGCUGGUGAAUGGACUCUUAAUUUGGUAGUAAAAAUGGUCUUCUAUUUAUGCUCACUUGCAUGUACCUGUUCUUUUAUUUACUGGUUGAAUUGGAGUUCGUAUC